AUGGCUUUCUACAAGAUAAACAAAUUCAUCACCUUGUCAAAUCAUACUAAGGAGACCAAACUCACACUAGCAGAUCACUUGAGCUUAAUAGCCCAAAUAGAUCCAAAAACCAAAGAUGAUAUUGCAAGUCAAGUACCUAAACCAUUCCAAACUAAUAAUUUAUCUAAUUCCAAUGUUCACCUUCACAACAAAUAAUCUAAAAUCUCUCUAUCAAGGAUAUGUAUUCUGAUCAAUGAAAAGAAGAGCAUUUAGUAUCCGAAUUUGAAGAAGUGGCUUUAAGAAUAAAAGCAGCUAAAUGAUAAGAUAUUCUAUGUGGGAGUGCUUAGUCAUCCUGCACGCCUUCUAGAUCAGAUAUUUAGAAGAAUACAAGAAAAUGAAGCGAAUUCGAAAAUUAUUGUUAUGAGCUAUUUCAACAGAGAUCAUAUUAUAAAAGUGCAGAAGAUUAUGGGUCAAUAUAAUUUGAUUCCAAUCAUACAAGAUUAACCAAAAAAUAUAGCUGGAAAUAGACUAGAUUUAGAUAUUUUCCAAUAUUCCAGUUGA